GGUACCUCAAGUGCGACACGGACGACGGCUGCGAGGCCAAGGAGGAGACGGGAGGCGAGGAGCUCUUCGAUGCAGUGAAUUCCUCCAUCGUCUCGGGGGACAGCAUCCGUUUCUUCGUCAAUGUCAACCUGGAGGUGCCGCCGAACGCCACCGCUGAAAAUGAAAGUGCUGGCUGCGUGUUACUGCACACAUCAAGGAAGUACCUGAAAUUAAAGAAUUUUGAGGAGGAAGUCAGAGCCCACCGAGACCUGGAUGGGUUCUUGGCCAGAGCCAGCAUCAUCCUUGAUGAAACGGCCACCUCCUUGGAUGAUGUUCUUCGAGAGAUGCUGAAACACUUUGCUGAAGAUCCUGAGAACAUGGAGCCAAGCUGCAACUUUGAAAAAAUCAUGAGCACUUUAUUCACAGAUUCAGGGACCCCACGAGAAGGGAAUGGCACCCAUGAUGUUUCAGAGUCAACAGGAAUGAAUAUACAAACAUGUACAUCGCACCUCAAAUUUCACCUCUUAUCAGAUACAAUUCAAGGGGUCACAGCGACAGUCACAGGGGUGCAGUAUCAGCAGUCCUGGCUCUGUAUCAUUUGCACUAUAAAGUCCCUUCAGCGACGUCAUGUUUGCAUCAGCCGCCUGGAGAGGCCUCAGAAUUGGGGUGAAAACUCCUGCGAAGUGAGAUUUGUGAUAUUAGUCCUGGCUCCUCCUAAAAUGAAAAGUACCAAAACUGCCACAGAAGUGGGCAGGACUUUUGCCACGAUGUUUUCAGACAUAACCUUUCGGCAGAAACUCCUAGAAACCAAAACCGAGGAGGAGUUCAAGGAAGCCUUAGUCCACCAACGCCACUUGUUGACGGUGGUGAAUCAGAGACCCUCAGCAAUGAGCGAUGGGCACAAGUCGCACAGUCCUAAGCCACUCAAGUUGCAUGAGUUUCUCAAUGUUGGCAAGGGGAUUUCUGAUGACAUUGCACGAAGAUUUCCAGUGUACGCUUUGGACUUCACUGACGGUGUUAUUGGAAACAACAAAGCUAUAGGAAAAUACAUCACGACAAUGAUCUUUCUGUAUUUUGCCUGCCUCCUUCCAUCCAUUGCAUUUGGGUCACUCAAUGAUGAAAAUACCCGAGGAGCUAUUGAUGUGCAGAAGACAAUUGUCGGCCAGUGUAUUGGAGGGCUGCUUUACGCGCUCUUUUCGGGGCAACCUCUAGUUGUACUCCUAACUACGGCUCCUUUAGCACUCUACAUUAAUGUCAUCCGAGGAAUCUGUGAUGACUACAACUUGGAUUUCAGUGCUUUCUAUGCCUGGAUUGGACUGUGGAACAGCUUUUUCCUUGUGAUGUACUCCCUCUUUAACUUCAGUCUUCUGAUGAAGCUCUUUAAAAGGUCAACAGAAGAAAUAAUUGCACUUUUUAUAUCCAUCACGUUUGUGCUUGAUGCCUUCAAAGGCAUUAUUAAAGUUUUUAAGAAAUAUUACUACCAUGGGCGCGCAGGAGACAGUUACUUGGAAAAAGCACGAACUGAUGCUAUUCCAAGCCUCGGCAUCAAUACCACCUUCUUGAUGAAUUCAUCAGUGAGCAGAUCCAUGUCCCUAGAGAAUCAAACAGGCACGCAUGAUGUGCAUUAUGGACGUGAAACUGCCGUCCUUAGUCUCAUGUUGAUGUUGGGUACCCUUUGGCUUGGUCAUACGCUCUAUCAGUUUAAGAAAAGCCCAUAUUUGCAUGCAAGAGUACGUGAAAUUCUGUCCGACUGUGCCUUACCGAUUUCAGUAUUGACUUUCUCUGUUGUGGGUUCCUAUAUCUUCAAGGAAAUCGAAAUGUCCAAAUUUAACUACAACCCAUCUGAGAGCUUGUUUGUGCUGGCCCCGGUCCAGUCCCUCUCCAUCGGGUCAGUGAUGAGCGCCAUGGGGCUGGGGUUCCUCCUGUCAAUGCUCUUCUUCAUAGAGCAGAACAUCGUGGCGUCGCUCACAAAUGCCCCGGAGAACAGGUUGGUGAAAGGAACAGCCUAUCACUGGGACCUCCUUCUUGUUGCGCUGAUUAACACGGGGCUGUCAGUCUUCGGCCUUCCGUGGAUCCAUGCUGCCUUCCCUCACUCCCCAAUGCAUGUCCGCGCCCUGGCCUACGUGGAGGAGAGGGUUGAAAAUGGACACAUCUACGAGACGAUUGUGAGCGUGAAGGAGACCCGGCUGACAAGUCUAGUGGCAAACUUCUUGGUUGGCCUCUCGCUCCUGCUCCUUCCUUUCCCUCUCCAGUGGAUCCCAAAGCCGGUCCUCUAUGGCCUCUUCCUCUACAUUGCAUUGACCUCCAUUGAUGGGAACCAGCUCUUUGAAAGGGUGGUUCUCCUGCUUAAAGAACAGACUGCUUAUCCUCCGACACAUUACAUCCGCAGAGUGCCGCAGAGGAAGAUCCACUACUUCACAGGCUUGCAGGUCCUGCAGCUCCUCAUCCUCUGUGGUUUUGGCAUGUCACCGUUGCCCUACAUGAAGAUGAUCUUCCCGCUCAUCAUGAUAGGGAUGAUCCCAAUCAGGUAUAACCUGCUCCCUAGGAUCAUCGAAGCCAAGUACUUGGAUGCGAUGGAUGCAGAGCAUUAAACGAGGUCCUCCACACACGGAGCAGUGAGGACAGCUUUUUUGGAGUUGAAAGGCAGAUUUGCUGAGGCGUAGAACAAUCUAUCUGCAGUUCUUUCUUUCACCACUUUCUUUCUGCUCUAAUAUGGCAUUGGUAAUGCACACAUAUCAAAGACCAAUUGAGCGUUGAAGUGACAGACCAAAACAGCCUUGGACUUGGGAGGCCGAUGCUCUUUGGAGCUGUGAGGCAAGCAAGCUUUACGGAAAUGCUACUUUCCACAUCCCAAAACUGGAAACCCCAAAGAUGAGCAUGUCCGUACGGUUGGAGCAUGCCUUCACAGAGUUGUCAUGUGUUCCCUUGUUUG